UCUGCAACCUUUAAUGUUGACGGAAGUAGAUCGCGUUCACGAUCGACCAAUCACACGGCCGUUGCUCCUUUACGUCAUUUGACAGGUAGAAUCAGUAGGAAGUAAACAUCUAACGUUAUAAUGGCGAGAAAGUGUUUAAAGUUAAGACACUACUCAAAUAUGUUACAAAAUUUGAUUUUAUAUAGUGUUUUUUGGGAGCUCGCCUUCGCUUUUCCGUCAUAUCGCGAAUCCAGACUGGCAGAAAGUUCGGAGAAACCCACCUCAGCAGCACCAAAUGUUCAACAGGUUAUAAGACUCCAUUCAGGGGUAAUCGCGUCUGUUGUGGUCGUUACUGUUGCUGCAAUAGCAGCUGCUGUCUUCAUCAUACGAAAAUACUGCUGUCUGAAGAGCAAUGCAACAUAUAGAUACUCAGAACUGCGAGAAAUAGAAGAGCAAAAUGCAGCCAGAGAAGCGGACGAUGAUUCAGAUGAGGACCUGUUGGACUGAAUCAUAUAGCACAAUCUAUCCUUCAAGUUUCUCUUCCAUUUUAAUACUGUGACUUAUGGCCAAAAGCAUCACAUGGGUCAUUUAAAAACCACCAGGAGUUCCUGAAAUAUUUAUCUCUGUUUCACCAUUUUUCAGCACGCAUAUGUCCACCAACCAGUUAAAUUUAGCUGGUUACAUUUGGGAGGAUUAAUAGGCCAAGAUCCCCUACAGUGAAGAACUGGGGAAAGGUUAAGAUGCACAUUAGAGAUGAAAGUUACUGUGAUUUAAUUUCAGGCAAAUAACUUCUGAAAAGAGCUGUGGCAGUUGACGGUCAUGGUGCCCAUCGCUUAAAAAUUGGUCAGUAGUACUUUUUAAAUGCACUCCUUGAAACAUGUAUUUAGUAUUUUCUUGAAUUUCUCAGUGAAUGAGGGACGUUGUACCAAAGUCUGUUACAAUGGUUGUUCCUCUUUAUUUAUUGUGUGUAUGUGCCUGAUCUUUGCUUGAUGUUAAAACAGCUUCUCACUUUAAUCUCAGGGUUCUUCCCACUGGAUACUAUGAACAGUGCCACUAAUACCAAAGCACAUCUUAAUAAGUGGUAAACUGUAAACUGUCUUAUCAACUAUAAUGUUGCUGUAGAGUUUGCACUCCAGUGCCUUACUGUGUAAUUUAACUGUGUUAAACAAAUGAACAAUAGUCUGCUUUCCUAUACUGGUAUUAUUGAUAUUUCCUAAUGGCAGUGUUUGACUUUACCUGUAUGUUAAGGUGAUAGUGUUGAUAAAGCAAAAUUAUGUUGGGCCCAGAGCUCCAUAACUGUGUUUCUCAGUUCUUGAUUUUGAAUUAUUUUUGAUGAUUGAAUCCUAUAUCUUAUCUAUAUGUUUUCACCUGAGACUCCCCAUUAAUAUGUUUUUUUUUUUUUUAACUGAGCAGGAAUAAAAUUAUAUACAUUAAUAUUCCAUGUGUGUUUGAAGAGUAUGCAUUUACUGUUUUGUCCACAAGAGAGCAGUACUCAAUUGUAAAAUCAGUGCAUGCAAUGACACUUCUCGUCUGCCUAGUUGACAGCUGGUUAGGUGAGAAAUUAGAUUUUUUUUAAAUGUACCACGCCCGGUACAUCCCAAAUCAGGUUUAUUUAGACUAUCUAUAGCCCUGUCAACUUUCGAACAGGGAACAACUCCGAAGUAUAAGAGAGAGAGAUAACACAUUUCUUGUGGUUUGAAAUCAUUUUAAUGUUGCAUCGGGCCCUUGAGAAGCCCAAGAGUAUUCUCUGCUACCAAAAAAUGAGACUUAAAGGUUGUGUUUAUGUUCUCAUAACAAUGCUGAUCAUCUUACUAUGGUGCUUCACCGUCAAAUGGUCAAAACAACAAGAAGCUGCCAAACGAUCAUAUGAAAUGAAUGGUUUUGUGACAGACUGUGAUAAUCCAGGUCUGUUUAAGGCUCAUUUAAAUUGCUGUCCACUUAAACACUGCCCUGUCAACUACUUCCCAUUCCACCUUUACAGCGGUGUAGCCGAUGUAGUGGCUGCAAAAAUCUGCUUUAACAAUACAGUCAUCAUGGGUGGCAUCAGGGAUAAUGCAGGACCAGGGCUGAACAUUGUGAUAGCAAAUGGUGGAACCGGUGAGGUUUUAAGAAAUGAUUACUUCAAUGUGAAAUCUAAAGAUCCAGAGGAAUUACAUGCCUAUCUAAAGACACUAAAGCCAGGAAAUAUAGUGCUUGUGGCCUCACACAUCGACCCUACACCACAGCUGACUGAUGAAAUUAGAGAGAUAUUCACUGCACUGGGCAGCACCAUGGUCACAUCCCUGAAGCCCAGGGAUAGCUGGGUAUUCGCCGGCACCUUUGGAAUAAAGGAAGCUAGACCUUUUGAAAAGUUGAUUCAAAAUGAUGUGGGGAGGAACGCGUACGGAGACUGGCCUGAGUCCGGGGAGGUCAUUGGCUGCUUACCCAGAAUAACUGAGACUGAAUGAGUCUGCCACUUUAGCCAACCUUACUGGGACAUUUGAAAGUGGGACAUUAACAACUCGUUUUGCCAUCUUCCCUCCCUUAGCAAAUAAAACUCAAGGAAUAGUUUACUCCUUCCAUUAAACGCACAAGGAGAACUUUUGCAGAUGUUCACAUUGCUCUUUUCCAAACAAAAGCAAAAUUCUGUCAUGAUGAUCAUAUUAUAAAGCAAAUAAAAAUGUGAGCGAUAA